AUGGUCACCGUCUACACGACCGAGAAUUGCGCCGCCUGCGACAGCACCAAGAAAUGGCUGGAGCGGCGGGGCAUUCCGUACCGCCUCGAAUGGCUCAAGGGUUCCAUGGCGGCCAUGGAGCUGGCGCAGGCGCAUGGAUACAAGGCCGCCCCUGUCGUCGUCGCAGGUUCCCUUAGCUGCUAUGCUUCGCCUUUUGCGAUUGAAAGCCUGAUCCCAACGGUGGAAAACCUGAUUCCUACCGUCGAUAACCUUUUCCCAUCCUACCGCAUCACCCGAUAA